UAGAACCCCGAAGCUCUCUGGAUUCAAAGUCUUGGACAGCAUUGAGAAAGAAUUAGAUUGCUCAAUUUUCACUAAUCAUGGUGCGUAUAUUCUAGUAUCUGGACGCUUUCUUUACUAACAGAUUUAUAGGUUGUCCUAGCAGCUUCAAUUUGUACCCGGGGGGGAAAAGCUGUCCUCUCCAGGCAGUUUCGCGAAAUGCAAAGAUCUAGAAUUGAAGCUCUUCUAGCAUCCUUUCCAAAGUUGGCAGACUCUGGAACUCAGCAUACGACCGUGGAGCAAGACAAUGUGCGAUUUGUGUAUCAGCCGCUGGACGAAUUAUAUAUGGUCCUCAUCACGAACAAGCAGUCCAACAUCUUACAAGAUAUCGAUUCCUUACACUUAUUCGCGCAGGUAGUCACUAGCACAUGCAAGACCUUAGACGAAAGAGAAAUUCUAAAGAAUGCCUACGAAUUGCUCAGUGCAUUUGACGAGCUUGUCACACUUGGGUAUCGGGAAAACCUUACAAUCAGUCAAAUCAAGACAUUCUUGGAAAUGGAGAGUCAUGAAGAAAGGAUACAAGAAAUCAUAUCGAGAGUAGGCUUUAUGCAAGCUGUAUUACAGCAACUUGGCUAACAGAGAUUCCAGAAUAAAGAGCUCGAAGCCACAGAAGAGCGCAAGCGCAAGGCAAAACAAUUGGAAAUGCAGCGCAAGGAGGUUUCAAGGAGUGGUAAAAAUGCUAUACCAAGUCGGCCACAGUAUCCGACAUAUACACCACCUGCUCAAUCUGCCAACACCGAAACCUACGAUUCAUACGAAGCUGCCAAGAACAAAUCUUUCAAGUGGGUUAUUUCAUUGUCGCUGCAAGAUCAUUGACACUGACAUUUCACAGAGCUAGCGCACCGAAAGGUAAAGGAAUGCAGUUGGGAAAGAAGUCAAAAACUACAGAUAUGUUUGAGAGAGUCCGCGGCGAUAUGGGUGCUGAAGUCGAGGAAACUGUUUCGUCGCCACUUAUUCCAAAUCAUCCUACACCAGCUACCGCUGAACAACCACCACAUACUCCUUCUGCAUUAGAUCGUGAUGCCAUCCACGUUACUAUCUCGGAGUCAAUCAACGCUAAAUUAUCUAGGGAUGGAUCUUUGAACUCCUUGGAGGUCAAGGGCGAUUUGAAUUUGCGGAUCUCGGAUCCUACACUCACCAAGGUCAAAUUAGAUCUUGUUGCCAACCAGAGUCAUGGAGUGCAAUUCCGCACUCAUCCAAACGUCGAUAAGGGCAUGUUCAAUGGAUCUAAAGCUAUUCAGAUGAGCAAUGUGUCAAAAGGAUUCCCCGUCAAUAACUCUGUUGGUGUAUUGCGAUGGAGAGCUCAGCCAAAAACAGAUGACACCAGCGCCUUGCCAAUUCAAUUCACUGUAUGGGUUGUCGGGGGGCAAGGCGAUCCUCUCAACAUUACCGUGGAAUACGAACUCACUGGAGAAGAUCCUCUUCAAGAUGUCGCCGUUACAAUUCCAUACGCCUCAAGCGAGCCAGCAGUUUCUAGCUUUGACGCAACCUAUGAAGUCUCCGGGGAUAGCCUUGAGUGGACAAUCGGGCCCGUCGACUCUUCUAAUGGAGCCGGUUCUUUCGAAUUCGAAGUCCAAGACGGGGAUGAGAAUGAUUUCUUCCCAAUGCAAAUCAAGUUCGCUAAAACAAAACCUUUCAUCGAUGUUGAUGUAAGUUUUAUUCAAAAUAAAUUUCAGUGCAAGUCUGAGACUAACACCCAAUGCAGGUCACCAAUGUCACUUUACUAGAAUUGAACGAGGCCGUGGAUUUCUCAAAAGAUAUCAAGUCAGUCGCUGACUCUUAUUUGGUAGAGUAAGGGGUUUCGUGCAGAAAAUGGAUGGGAUUCAAACGAAGUGCAUGGCGUAGGAUGGAUGGCAAUCCAUGAUAUUUACUGUUGUACUAGCCAUAGAAAAUAAAACCUAUUGAUCUUCU